UAGACAGUUAGAUAUGCAGUAAGUCUAAAAAUAUUUUUUAUUAAAUAUGAAUCAUACAAUCAUAAAUUAAAUAAAAAAUAAUUUAGUGCUGUAAUUCCUUGCUACUGAUCUCGAAUAGCUCCGUUAAUGUCAGCUGUUGCGUUUGACAUUCCUCUGACGUACGAGGAUUUCACAAAAAUCAAUAAACAAACCAGUUAUUCUACGCUCUACGUAUUACAAAUUUAGGUGUAUAUAAAUUAAAAUGUUGUUAAAAAGAAAUUUGUUAGAAUAUGUAACUGUUUUUUCGGUGGCGUAUGUGUUUUUUUGCAUAUUUCUCAACUGCGUGACGAACAUAUCCCCGAUAACCGGGAUAUGGUUUCCUUUGUACGUUAUUUUAGUGUUUAUCCUGUCAAUAUCGUUUAGUUUUAAGUUCAUCCAGUGGUUAUUGCAUAUGAAUAAGCCUAUAAAAUAUGACUUAGAAGGUUUAUUCAAGGAUUAUCCCCAGUUUAUAUUUCUAAAACGGUUUUUACCGCAAGUCAAAAAGAGGGUUAGAUCUCCUGAUUUUGAAGAAGGCAAGGAAUAUGACACGAAUGAGCUGAGUGUGAUUUCGACGGUGCUACAGAAGAAGUUGGUGUCGUCAUGGUAUGAGCCGUAUAUUUCACAAGAAAUUGGAUUUCCGUUUGCCUGCAAGCAUUUACUGGAUCAAAUGAUUGAAAGAACUUUCAAGAUCUGCAAUAAAAUUGAAACCAAAGAAGUAUUCAUAGACACCUGCUCAAUAUUAACUAGCCACUUAAGAGAAUACAAAAAAACUCUGAAAAGACAUGAAAAAUCACCGACAAGCUCUAUAGAGUCCCUUUAUAAGAAAACUCACCCGAUAUUUGAAAAGAAACUAGAAUCAGGCGAACACUGCACCAACAUUCUAAGGAUUAUAUUAAAAGAGCUUGUCCCUUGGGAGCUUUGGGAUACGCCGCAUUCUGAAUUACUGGUCCGAAUCUUGUCGAAAAAACUUGAUGCGUUUAUUGAUGGUACUUUAGCAGAUCCUGUUUGGAUCAAUGAUAAAUUAUUGAACAUCAUAGAUAAAGCAGAGAUUGAAAGAGAAAUAGUUGAAAAAAUAGAAGAGCCGGAGAUAGUGGAGAAGGAAAGUGAGACGAUUGUUAAAUCAGUAUUGUCUACAAUUGCGAUGAAUAGUGUAGCACCUAUUUUACAGAGAGAUAUUACUGAAGACCUCAGCACACCAUUUGUCCCAGAACCAGAAGCAGUGACAGAAGGUUCUGCGAUGCUGCCCGCAGCAGAAAUGCCGGUGCUGCGGCAGCGCCGCGGCCGCCAGCGUGAGGUCAAGAUCUAUGACCGUAUUGUUGAAGGCAGCGUAAAAACCUGGGACACGGACAUAGAUCUACAAUGCAUCAGCAUGGGCCAAGACCUACUAGCGAGCCUAGACGGCGGGGUGGUAGGCCGCCUAUGGCCAGAUCCUGAGCCAGUGGACCAUAGUCCGCCCGACACCACUAGCAAGGAUCUGCCCCUUUGGUUCGGCGAAGAAGAAACAUUAGAACUAGAACACGAUAGCCCUCCUAAAGACAGCCCAGUUAAGAAAGAACACAGUCCAAAACCGGUGGAACUGCUGAAGGAGUUGCAGCAUUCGGCCAAGACCAAGAUAGGAGGCCUACAGGUCCCCAUACGUUCACUAGAUGUCCGGCCCAAUGACGAGGCCGCGGGCAUGAUGGAGGGCCUACUGGACUUCGGGAUCGCGGGACUGAAGAAGGGACUGCGGUUCACAGGCCUGAGUGACGAUUCGCAGGACAAGUCACCAUCAUAUCUGAAGGACAAGAGCGAGCGGAAUUCGCCAACAGAGAGCAGAAAGCUGGUCCAGAGGGAACCUGUCAUGUCGUCCGUCAUACAAAGAGAAGACAAUGGAGCAAGCGUGGUUCCCUCACUAGUGAAGCAACAUCGUGUGGUGUCGCAAGACAGCGUGCCAUCAGCGCCCAAGCCCAUUCCGCACGCGCCGCUGCCGGCGGACUCGCCGGAGCCCGAGUACGAGGAGGCGGCCGACCUGUCCGCCAGCAUCGCCAAGCUGCGCUCGCUGCUGCAGCGCCAGGGCAGCCCCGACAACACUGCUGCUGCCAGCGGCGACGAGGUGGUGUGGGCGGGCGCGGAGGAGACGCGCGGCCGCACGCAGCGCCACCACUGCUCGCGGCCCGUCGACACCGCCACGCUCGCCGACGAAUACGAUAUGCAGACGGACACGAGCUCGUCACCGACGCCCUCCAACAGGCUGGAUAAAUUGUUCCAGCGAACGGUGACGGGCGUAUUCAACUCCAUCAAAACUGCAGUCGGCGCAGAAGGAGACGAAGUAUUACCCCAGCAGCCCCUCCAAGAGUGGACUUACGUCUGCACCUCUGUCGAACUCAGCGUGGGCGGAGCGGUGGCGCGGCUGGUAGGGUCGCGGCGCGCACACUCGCACGUGGACGCGGCGCUCGACUCGCUCGAGCAGCUCGCGCCGCCGCGCAAGGACCACCACAUAGUGCCCGAGGACUUCGGUAACGAAUACUUUACACUCGCACGUGGACGCGGCGCUCGACUCGCUCGAGCAGCUCGCGCCGCCGCGCAAGGACCACCACAUAGUGCCCGAGGACUUCGGUGCCCGAGGACUUCGGUAACGAAUACUUUACACUCGCACGUGGACGCGGCGCUCGACUCGCUCGAGCAGCUCGCGCCGCCGCGCAAGGACCACCACAUAGUGCCCGAGGACUUCGAGGAGUGGUGCUACGUGUACGGCGGCGGCGCGGCGCUGGCGCAGCUGGCGGGCGCGGCGGGGCUGGGCGGCAGCCACGCCGCGCAGCGCCUCGCCACGCUGCUGCUCGCGGACGUAGCUGAAUCUCUCAUCGAAGCGUGGUUAGAAGAGCUCGCAUCGUGGUUGAGAAAACAAGUGUUCGUGGUGUUUGAGAAAAUGGCCGACGAGGGCAAUGACCUUCCUCGGGUACAUCAGAGGCCUUACAACCUUGAUUAUACCUGUCAGGUCGUCAUGUCCAAAAUACCAGUUCUAGGCUACAUAUUCGGCGAAGAGGCCCUGUUGGACUCCGUCAAGCUCUCCAUAUCGAGUUUCGGGCACAAGGAGCUGAACAGGGACGUGAUAUUCCGCGUGCUGGACCUGCUCGCGGUGCAUUUCAAGAAGUCUGCCGGCCUUAGGAACCCUUCUUUUGAUGCCAAUUGAAAGUUUUAUGGACACAUGGACAUUCGUCACCCAUAUUAACUAACGAUAUAUUGUCGUUAGAAACAAUGAUAAUUAUAAUUCCAGAUAGGUAAUCGGCGCUCCGAAAUUGAAGUGUGUUGUCGUGUAACCUUAUAUCUUCACAUUAUUAGGCUGCCGUGAACGGCUGCCAUUAUAGUGUUUAAAAUGUAUUUUAAUAUACCUACAUAGUGUCCUAGUGGGCCACGAAUAACUUAUUGAUCUGAAUCGAUCUACUUAUUUUUAUAUUCUUUAUGUCGUAAACUAAAAAGAAAAUUAUUUAUAUAAAUUAAGGACUUUUUCAAUAUCUGGCAAAAAUUAGACUAUUUGUAUUUUAGUUUAUUGUUUUCUACAAAAUAACAAAAAUUGUUACAAAUAUCCUUUGUAAAUAAACUUAUACUAUAUUUUAAUUUGGAUCUCAUAUUUUUUA